AACUUUGUUGCCAAACUAACUGUGAAUCUUCCUCCUCCUCCUCCUCCAUCCCAAUCGUGUUGGCACGAUAAAGCAGACGACGGCCUGUUCUACCUAUCAAGUCAACCCGACCCGACUUCGUUUCCCCUCGUCAAAUCCAUUGGAUCGGAAGUUGAGCUAAUUCUGGGGGGAACUAGGUAAGCCUAUCUUAUGGCUGCAAAGCAAGAGGCCUCUUCUUCCUCAACUGUACAAUCUAACAUCAUUGAGGAUCUGUGGAGCCGAGUGAGUACCGCAACAGCCUUAUUGACCUACCUUAAAUCGAAAGCAACCACUCUUGCUGUAGCUGAGGAUUUGUCCCAGCUUUCACUCGCUGAUGAUGGUGAACAAGAAGGAUCAAUAUCUGAACGCGAUCAGGCUUAUUAUGUCUCUGAGAUGCUUAAGCACGUAGAGACGGUUACAGGCGUGAUGGACUCUCUCGCUAAGCGUGCUAUAGUCGCCGAAUCCGAAGCCGCUGUUCAGAGAGGCAAGGCUCUGCUGAGUCAGCAAGAAGUUCAAAGAAAGGCUGGCCAGAUCAACAGCAUGUCCUCGAAACUGGAGGACAUGGAAAAGUUUGCUCUAGGGACCACUGGUAUCCUCGGCGAAAUGCGUCAGAGGGUCGAUGAUCUGGUGGAGGAGACGUCUAGACAGAAGGCGAGAGCUGCGGAGAAUGAGCAGGAACUCUGCCGUGUCAGGAGAGACUUUGAGUCACUUAAAUCCUAUGUUUCGAGUCUCAUCAGCGUCAGAGAGACACUCGUCUCGUCUGAGAAGCAGUUCCAAACCAUCGAGAGGCUUUUUGAACGGCUUGUUGCGAAGACAACGCAGUUGGAGAGCGAUAAAGUGCAGAAAGAGGCAGAGGUUCAGAAACUAAUGGAAGAAAACGUGAGACUCACGGCUCUUGUGGAUAAGAAAGAGGCCCAGCUUCUGGCUAUGAAUGAGCAGUGCAAAAUGAUGGCCCUUAGCUCCAUAUAAUAUGGUUAGAGAUAAAUAAAUGUGUGAGAUUUGCUAAUUGUUGUCUAUAUUCCCACUUGUAACAUAAAAGAAACCCUCAUUUGAUACAACUGCCGUUUUUCUUCCUUGUUUGUAAUUGUAUGACACCACUUUUGCCUGUGGAAAAAACAAUAAUAAAAAGAGGGGAGAGCCUCUAUACAUAUGUUCAUUGUA